ACAUCUGCGCAGAUGAUUGAGUAGGGAAACCAGAUUGGAAGUGUUUGUUUACAAAGGAAAUAUUCAUGGAAUGAAAACAUAUGACUACAAGAAUGGACGAAUUAAAGACAAUAUUGAAGAGCAUACUCAUUUCUUCACAUAUGAAAUUGCGAGUGCACCAGCUUAAUAACGAAUAUAAAUCAUUGAUUGGGCGGAAUAUACCGUUUGCAGAAUAUGGAUAUAGAGAUUUGGUCCAGUUGUUAAAAUGUUUACCAGAUAUUCUCACAGUAGAUGGAGAUGAUAUGAAUUCCCUAGUCACCCAUAAGUUUGGAAAUCGACAGGUUCGAAUCAAAAAAAAGAAAUUCAAAGAUAGAAAGCCUAAUGCGCAGAAUAAAGCCCAGGCCAUCAAAAAAGAAAAAAAACCCGAGAAACCAGCCACCUCAAUUGAGAGUCAGAAGAAUGCAGAAACAACAACAUUCCCGAAUCAAGUAACAGCCAAAUAUUCAAGUCCUCUAGGAAUAAACUUCGAUAUGCUAAUUGAUUAUAAAAAUGAAAAAUUGAGAUUAUCAACUGAAAUUGAUUAUGGAAAAAUAGCUGAAAUCCGGCGUAGAAUUUCUCCCAAACUUCAUCAGGAGCAGCAGAACAAGAAAGGAGAUGAAACGAAAAAAACUGGGCUUCUAGGACUACGGUAUCCUAAAACCACCAUGUCCACUGAAAAGAAUAUCAAUGUAGUCGGUGUUAGUCACUCCCAACCAGUAGUGCAGGCUGGCUCUAGGACCUCCAUGAGUCUUGAGAAAGUUUCUGUCCUCAAAACCGAAGCUCAAAAGUUAACACAAUAUGAGUAUUUCAAACAGAGUGAAAUGGUCAAGAAAAACACAAUGAAAAUCCCAAGUAUAAUAAAAUCGACCCCAAAAUUACUAAAGUUAUCAGAGAAUACAUCAAUUUGUAAAAAUCAAAUGGCCAGUCCAAGAGAAAUCCCACCAUUGAUUGAGAAACCAAUUUCACUUAUGGAUCUUCCGAUUCCAUCGAUGCUUCCAGAGGUGCCGAAAGAAUUUACCAGUCACGAGUCAAAUAAUUUGAUAGACUUCCACGGUGUCCUUCCAAAUUUUCCUCCUGUACCUGAAACUCCCAGAAGAGAACCAAGGGUGAAGUCUAUUCCUUUCGUUGAUGUACUUAGGCUUGUUGAGAUGCUCAAAACAACCGAUUUAAAUUGAUCAAUUUGAUCAAAAAUAUAUGAAUAAUUAUUUAGUUUAGUUAAUUCAUUAUAAGGAAAACAGAAUAUUUGUUGUGUUUCAAAAAUUCAAUCAUUAACUCUUUCUCUAUAUUCCUGAAAAAUCUCUUGUUAAUUUAUUGGUGUUUGAUCAAUUUGAGAAUUUCUUGAGAAGUAAAUAUAUGUUGGUUAUAUAUGACUGAAA